UUGCAGAAUUACCUAUGACUAAAGUCUUUCUAGGCUUGCCAGGACCAUGGGCAGAUGACAACUAUGAGCCCUCUGAUCAUUAUACAACUAAAAUUGGUGGAUUGCCUGACUGGCCUUUUCCUGUGGAGGCUUUGGGAUCCAAUUUGCUUGCAUGCAGUGCUUGUGGAAGUAAACUCUGUCUUAUAGCCCAGGUUUAUGCUCCUAUUUCAACUGAAACUUUGAAGAUUGAUGAACGUGUCAUUUUUGUUUUUGGCUGUAUAAUGCCUAAAUGUGGGAGCUCUCCUAUUAGCUGGAAAGCUCUUCGUGUUCAGAGAGCUGAAAAUAAAAGGGAAUCACAUGGAAACUCACAAGAAGCCAAGCCUUCUGCAUCUCCUGUUUCAGUUUCAAAAACUAAUUGGUGGGAAGAUUUAGAUGAUGAUGACGAGGAUAUAGAUUUAGGGAAUCUGGGUAGAGCACUCUCUGAAGCUGCAAGCAUGGCUUCUCAUACCCAGAAACAAAGAAGUAACCAGCAGUUUGAGACUGUUGUGAAAGAUUCACGUUUGGGCUCACAAACAAGAGUGGUAGAUAUCUCCAUGCCAGUGGGGCCUUGCUUUUAUCUUUAUACUCACGAACAACCACCCUCAAGGGAUGCUCUUUCUGUUUCUUCAAACUUCUUGUCAUUGUCUAUUAAGGAUAAACAGAGUGAUACUGAUGACCAUGAACAAGAAGAAAAAUGGGAAGAAGAAAAAUAUGAAUAUGAUAAAGCUUUGACUGCUGAUAGGACUUAUCUCAAGUUCAAAAAACAGUUGGAUUCAUUUCCAGAACAGUGUUUCAGAUACUCAUAUGGUGGCCAGCCACUUUUGGCUACUGCAGAGGCUGGAGACCCUGGGAAGUGCACUUCUUGUGGAGCUUCAAGGCAUUAUGAAAUGCAGCUGAUGCCUCCAUUGAUAUAUUUUCUACAGGAAGCAGCUGAGGAUUCUCAGAAACAUUCAGUGGAUAAGUGGGAUUGGAUGACACUCAUUAUCUAUACUUGUUCCAAGAACUGUUGCAACUCGGUUUACGAAGAUAAGUUCAACAAUGGUGAUUGGAUUGUGGCUACCGAGACUGUUGUUGUACAACAUGAGAAUACUGUGAACGAAUAUACGCAGCUUGGCUAUUUCUUGUAAUCUUUGGCAUUUUGGCUGUGAAGUUGGUCUCCAAAUUGUUCUAGAUCACCAUUUGUUACUAACAACUUAGAGAAGGGAAAACUCUAAGGUAGUUCCGAGGCUAUUUGCCUCCGAGGCACUUUAGAAGCAUCGGUAUGAAGUGUUUGCGUACCUCUUUUCGGAUAAUGCUACAAUGCAUUAUAUGCAUUUUGUUUGGAAGUUGUAAGAGAGAUAAAUUAAAAGUAAUAAACUAUUGUUUUACUUCCGGAGGUGUAUAUAUAUAUAUAUUCAUUUUAUUUAAUGAUAGAGAAUCAUGAAUGUAAAA